CCCCCACCAUUUCUCAUACCCUUUGCAUCUUUUGACCCCCGUGAUUGCCGACGACUGACCGCCCACUACCUGCAAUACCGCUCCUCUCCGGCCAUCACAUCGUUCUUUUAUGCCAUGCUUCCCAUCUCAACUUCUUCUCCAGAGAAUCUACACUGCGAUCGUCUGACCCCACUCUAAUUACUGCACAUGAAUGCUUGAUGUCUGGCCGAGCAGCUCUUGCCUUUACUUUGGUAAAGGUAGGACCUGUUUCAGCUGUAAUUGAGAGAGGGGGCGAGUUCUUCAAGGACUGGGAGAAAGGGGAGGUACCAGUAUGCUGCUGAGAUCUUUCAUUCACCACAAGUUUCUUGUCUGCACCAUUCUGUCAGUCAUUUCUCUCCGGAAUGCAGCUGCUCAGCAUGAGGGAGAACCAUAUGCAAUGCGCAUAAGCUGCGGGGCUCCAAAGGAUGUUACUACUAAGCCUACCAAUACCCUAUGGAAAAAAGACUUUGGAUAUACGGGUGGAAAACAGGCAAAUGCAACAAUCCCCAGUUUCAUUGAACCUCAACUGAAAACACUUCGAUAUUUCCCUCUGUCUGAUGGCCCGGAGAAUUGCUACGACAUUACUGACAUUCCUCGAGGACACUAUGAAGUGAGGCUAUUUUUUGCACUCAUUGCUGAUCCUAAUUUUGAUAAUGAACCAAUGUUUGAUAUCUCUAUAGAGGGAACUCAAAUUCACUCUUUGAAGUCUGGUUGGAGCAACAAUGACGAGCAGUCUUUUGUGGAAGCCUUGGUAUUUGUUACCAACGCAUCUUUCACUGCUUGUUUCCAUAGCACUGGUCAUGGUGAUCCAUCCAUUCUUUCAAUUGAAAUCCUUCAAGUCGAUGACACUGCAUAUUAUUCUGGACCACUGUGGGGUAAGGGGACAGUGCUUAGAACAGCCAAAAGAUUGACAUGUGGUACUGGGAAGUCUGCAUUUGAUGAAGACUAUGGUGGCAGUCACUGGGGUGGAGACAGAUUCUGGUUAGCUAUUUCAUACUUUCAAGACUCUGGUCAUUCCAUAUCAACAGAACAUAGUAUCAGUAUGACAUCAAUUUCGCCAAACUUCUAUCCGGAGAAGCUUUAUCAGUCUGCAAUUGUGGGCAGUGAUCUACAGCCCGAUUUAUCAUUCGAAAUGGAGGUGGAGCCGAACAGAAAUUAUUCUGUGUGGCUUCAUUUCUCUGAGAUUGACCCAAGAAUAACUGGUGAAGGGGAAAGAACCUUUGACAUAUCACUAAAUGGCGAUAUUGCAUUUGAAAACAUCAACAUUAUUGGCAUGACAGGAGGAAGCAAUGCAGCUCUUGUGCUGAACACGACUGUCGAAGUAAGUGGGAAGGCCUUAACAAUCGUUUUGCGUGGCACAAAUGGAAGUCAUGCGAUCAUAAAUGCAAUUGAGGUGUUUGAGGUUAUUUCAGUAGAGUCCAAAACUUCAGCAGAUGACGUCGGUACUCUGCAAAUUCUAAAGAGCUCUCUGGGACUUCCACGUCGUUUGGGCUGGAAUGGUGAUCCAUGUGUUCCUCAGCAACAUCCUUGGAGUGGAGUUGACUGCCAAUUUGACAGCAAGAGUGGCAAUUGGGUCAUAGAUGGAUUAGGUCUCGACAAUCAAGGUUUAAAAGGUUUUCUGCCAAAUGACAUUGCUAAACUGCAACAUUUGCAAAGCAUUAACUUUAGUGAAAACAACCUGUAUGGGGCCAUUCCAUCCUCUCUUGGCACCAUUGCCGGAUUGCAAACACUAGAUCUCUCCUAUAACCAACUAAAUGGAUCAAUUCCUGAGAGCCUUGGGCAGCUGACAUUGUUACAGAUACUGAAUCUCAAUGGGAAUCUUUUAUCUGGAAGAGUUCCUGCAAGCCUUGGAGGACUUCCACUUCACAGGGCUAGCUUCAAUUUUACUGGUAAUGCAGGUCUAUGUGGAAUACCAGGAUUACCUUCAUGUGGUCCUCGUCUAUCUGUUGCUGCUAAAAUUGGCAUUGCUUUUGGGGCUUCGUUUGUGUUUCUGCUCGCCGUCGUCGCUGCACUGAUCUGGUGGAAAAGAAGGGAGAACAUCCUCCGUGCGCAAAGGAUUGCCGCCGCAAGAGAAGCUCCAUAUGCCAAAGCUCGGACGCAUUUUGCACGAGAUGUUCAAAUGACAAAACAUCAUCGACCACGUGACCAAGUUCGGAGUCACACACUGAUAAUGGAUCCAACUUAAUCUCUUGAUUGAAAGGAUUAUAUGAUUGUUCAUUUUAACCUCUUUGUUCCUCUGCGAUUGUGUUAUCAUAUACAGGAAGAGUUUUGAUCAAAUAGAUUUUUGAUAUAAAAGGUUCAUGUAUAUACACCUCUAUUACUUUAUUCUGCUCUUCACAGGGGUAAAGGCUUAAACUAACACCUAAAACUUUAGCUUCAAUGCUGGUUAUGUUUUAA